AUUGCUCUCCUUCUCCUUCACUGUGCCAGACCUUUCCCACCCUCAGUUCGUAUCCUCGAGCUCGACCGUGUAGGAAGCCAGCAGCCGGGUGUCAUUUCGGCCCGGGAUGCCAUGCCCGAGGCCGGUGCUGGUUCCUCUGGGAAAUCGUUCCUGCAAAAAGCACGGGGCAAGGUAUUACGCUGGCUACGACGUUCUCUACGUACGACGACUCACCAGGUCGACGGGCAUGGCGCGGAAACGGUUCCAGAACUCGACGAAGAGAUGGAGAAGGUUUUCGCGAUGGACGACGGAGAAAAAUUCGACGUAGCCCGGCUUGGUUCACCUACAGAAUCAGCAGGAUCCGAACGUGAUCGUGAUCGAGGACCACCACGAUAUGGAGACCAUGAACUUAAUCAACAUCGUAAGAGAAGUUAUCCACAUCCCCACAUGCCACUAAAAAGUUUACACUCGAGAUCUAUGAGACGACAUCUUUCACCUGAAGGAUCAACGGCUGAGGUGAGCCCAGAAGAGGAGGAAAGAAAUGGUCAAAACGUAAUAGGACAUGGAAACGAUAUAAACAUAUUGGACAAUGGUCCAUCAUCAGCAGCUACAAACGAUGCCGAAAUUGACGAAGAAACAACUGAAGAAACCGAAAAUAUAAUAAGCAGUGGUAGCGAGGCACAAAUUUCCGAAAGGGCUGCUGCUUCCGGUUUCAGUGACGGUUCGACAUCAAUCGGUAGCCCGAGAGUACAAUUUGAAAAAAUACGCGAGGAAGAUUCGAACAGUUUAAACGCGGAUGAUAAUCAUCAAAAUCAUCACAACCAACAUCAACAUCAUCAUCAUCAUCAUUAUCAUAAUAAUAAUAAUAAUAACAAUAAUAAUAAUCAUAAUUCUCAUCAAGGAACAACGUCAACUUCACCACCAGUAUCUUCUUGGACUACUGCUGGUCACGAGGACGAUCGUAAAUGUCGAAGACAUCAUAAAUCCGAGCACAAAAGACACCAUCACAAAUCUAGAAAAUAUUCUUUACAAGAGGAUCCACAAUGGAGAAAACGUUCUGGCGCUGGUCUUCCAGAUGGUCCUGGUAUACUUGCCAGGAGAGUGAGCGUACAACCGGAGGAGGCAAGUACACUUCAAGAAUUGGACAUAGACGAUUUGGAAUCUCACAGGAGCGACGAUCCACGUGGAAUGAGACGUCACAAGGCUGCCCAUUCUACAGUACAAAUUGGACGAAGAAAGGAAGGUGGUAUACCACAUGAGGCUUUCAAAAAAAUGUACGAUCAUUCGCCCCACGAGGUGUUCGUACAAUUGGACGAGCUUCAUGGGGUUGGUGAGGAACGUGAAUGGAGAGAAACGGCACGUUGGAUCAAAUACGAGGAAGAUGUUGAGGAAGGUGCUGACAGAUGGGGCAGACCGCACGUUGCUUCGUUAAGUUUUCAUUCGUUGCUAAAUCUUCGUCGAUGUCUCGAAACCGGUGUUGUAUUACUCGACCUUGAGGAAAAGGAUUUACCCGGACUUACCUAUAGAAUGGUUGAACAAAUGGUGAUUGAAGAGUUGAUACUUCCAGAAGAUAGAUCUGUUAUCAUGAGAGCUCUUCUAUUGAAACACAGACACGUACAUGAACAUGAUCGAGGAUUUCGUUUUGUUGGAAAACGUAACUACUCCAGUUACACUAGUUUACAGUCCAUCUGGCUGGAGGAAGAAGAGGCUGCACGAGGAGCCACUGAAAACCAUGUAACCCAAAAUAAUUUGAACGACACUAAGCCAAAAAUCGUCUCAUCAAAUUCGGCAUUGGACAAUAGUAAUCACGCCGUGGUAGAUAUGAAAGAAGAAUUGACAUUUACAAGUAGUAACGAGGAUCUUAAUAAAAAAGGACAAAACGAGCAUAUAUUAAAAAGAAUACCAGCUGGUGCAGAAGCAACGAUAGUACUCGUAGGUGCCGUUGAUUUUCUCGAUCAACCUACAAUAGCAUUUGUUAGAUUGGCCGAGGGUGUAUUUAUGCCAGCCAUUACGGAAGUUAAAAUACCAGUAAGAUUCAUGUUCACAUUGUUGGGUCCAAGAAACGGUGAUUUGGAUUAUCAUGAAAUUGGUAGAUCCAUUGCCACAUUAAUGGCAAAUACUUCUUUCCAUAAAGUUGCAUACAAAGCUAAUGAAAGAAGAGAAUUACUUUCUGCAAUUAAUGAAUUCCUUGAUGAUUCCAUCGUAUUACCACCUGGGGAUUGGGAAAGGCAAGCUUUGUUACCGUUCAACGAAUUAAAAGCAAAAAGUGAAGCAAUUAGAAAAAGAAAAGCUAAAGCUCUUGAAGAAAAGACCAAACCUGUACAAAGUGAAGCAGCUAUAAAAAAGGCUCUUCUAGCUGGUGAAGAAGAAAAGAAACCACCUGACGAUGACGAUCCAUUACGCAGAACCCGACGUCCCUUUGGGGGUUUAAUAAACGACAUCAAAAGACGUUAUCCUCAUUAUCUAUCCGAUUUUACCGACGGAUUAAGCUCUUCCUGUAUAGCAGCAGCAAUUUUCAUGUAUUUCGCAGCACUAUGCGCAGCAAUAACAUUCGGUGGAUUGAUGAGCGAUAAAACACAAAAUACCAUUGGAAUUUCGGAAACUUUGGUAUCCGGUUCAUGGACAGGAGUAAUUAUGGCAUUGUUUGCUACUCAACCAUUGGUCAUUAUUGGCACUACAGGACCCCUUCUACUGUUUGACGAGAGUCUCUAUAAAUUUUGCAAGGCUAAUGAACUUGAGUUCCUUACCGUAAGGGUUUAUAUUGGUGCUUGGAUGGGUAUAAUAGCUUUAGCUAUUGCUUCGGUUGAAGGUUCAGUUUUGGUUAGAUUAUUCACACGUUUUACAGAAGAAAUAUUCACAGGAUUGAUUUCUCUUCUUUACAUAGUUGAAACGUUUAUCAAAUUGUACAAUUAUUUCGUACGUAAUCCUUUAUUAGAGGAAUACAACUUUUUACCUGACAGCAAUCAAACUCAACCAAUAAACGUAACUGAAAUAAAAAUCAUUUACGAAAUGUGGAACGGUACAGAAAUAUCAGUAGCUUAUGACGACAUGAGAACGCUAAUACCUAAACAAGAUGAAGGAGGAGUAUUGAUAAAUCAACCAAACACAGCAUUAAUGUGUACGAUAUUAUGCUUAGGCACGUUCCUGGGUGCUUAUUAUUUACGAAUCUUCCGUAACAGUCAUUACCUUGGCCGUAGCGCAAGAAGAGCGUUCGGUGAUUUUGGUGUACCCAUUAGUAUUAUCGUAUUCGUCCUAAUCGAUUAUUUGGCCAACGUAAAAACAGAAAAGUUAUUGGUACCAGAAGGAUUGAGUCCAACCGUCGCUGGAAGAAAUUGGUUCGUUUCUCCAGGUGGUGAAAGUCGACCUAUCCCAGUUUGGAUGACUUUUGCUUGUGCCAUUCCAGCCCUGUUGGUUUACAUCCUUGUUUUCAUGGAAACUCAAAUUUCCGAGCUCAUCAUCGACAAAAAGGAACGUAAAUUGCGUAAAGGUAACGGUUACCACAUGGAUAUCGUUGUGGUAUGUCUGAUGAACGUUGGUUGUGGAUUAACGGGUUCACCUUGGUGCAGUGCUGCAUCUGUACGUUCUUUAACACAUGUAUCAGCUGUUACAAUCAUGUCACGUACACAUGCACCUGGUGACAAGCCGCAUAUAGUCCAAGUCAUAGAACAACGUGUCAGUGCGUUGUUAGUUGCAAUACUGAUGGGUGUUAGCGUAUUAAUGGCACCACUUUUACGACGAGUACCUAUGUCCGUCCUUCUAGGGGUGUUCCUAUACAUGGGAAUAUCCUCUACAAAUGGCGUACAAUUGUUCGAUCGUGUUAAGCUUUUCUUCAUGCCGGUUAAACAUCAUGGGCCAGCCACUUAUGUUCGGCGUGUACAAACAUUUAAAAUGCACAUAUUCACUACGAUACAAAUCUUGUGUCUAGCAAUACUAUGGAUCGUUAAAAGUACACAAGCAGCCCUAGCUCUACCGUUCUUCCUAAUAUUGAUGAUACCACUGCGUAGUCAAAUGAAACACUUCUUUACACCUGCUGAACUACGAGCUCUUGAUAGCAAGGAACCGGAAAAAGAAAGCACCGAAGAGGAGCCUGACUUUUAUGAGGAAGCUCCGCUACCUGGUUAGACUGUGCCUUAUAUUCACGACUAAUUAUCUCAUCCUGAUGUAUAACUUUUUCUCAUAUAUAUAUAUAUAUAUAUACGUUUUAUUUUUAUUUUAAAACAAAACGUUACUCUCUAAAAAAAAAAAAACAACACCACGUUUCUCUCUUAAUUCUUCGAAACAAAACAACCAAACGAAAUAAUAAUAAUACAAAUAAUAAUAAUAUUCGUAUAUAUUAUUCUUGUGUAUUAUCAUCUAUAUACAUAUAUAUACAUAUAUAUAUCUUUAAAGAAAAGUAAUAAUAAUAAUAAUAAUUUUUCUUAUGAGUUGUCCCCGAUCAAUCUCAAAAGAGAAAUAAAGAGAGAGAAGAGAGGAUUCAUUUAUUUUAUUCAAGAAAUGAAAUCAAUCUAUAUAUAUA